UAACACACGUGUUGUAACUUUUAAGUUUUUACUAUUUUAUAAUUUGAACUAUUGACUUAUAAGUGUUAAAAACUAUUGUAGACUUCAUUCAGUGAUCCCCUUUUUGUUUUUUAGUAAUUCAAACAAAUCUUUUUGAACGAGAAAUGGCUUCUGAAACAUCAGAAGACAAAGAGGAUUUUGUGGCAAAAGCGAUUGAAUUCACGAAAUUAUUGGCAUCAAAUAAUCCUAAAAUUAGAAGUUUUGGUGUCAAAAGAAUUAAAGAACUGUUUAUGAAACAUUCUGGAGACACUAUUGAUGCAUUUCAAUCGAAUGAUUAUUUGAUUAUAUGGAAAAGAUUGUUUUACUAUAUGUGGAUGUCUGAUAAAUCACUACAAGUACCACCUCAAGAAAAUGCUUUUGAAAAAAUAAGUAAACUUAUCCAUAGUUGUACUUCUUAUCAGGGUAAAAUAUUUUUUAUGGAUGCAUUUUUUCUUACCAUCAAAAAUGAUUGGAUGUCAAUAAGUGAGCAUCGUAUUGAUAAAUUUAUGAUGUUGGUGAGGCGUUGUAUGAGACAAUUACUAUUUACCUUAGUCAAUUGUGAUUGGAACUUGGAAUAUAUUAAUUUAUUUAAUGAAGCUCUGUAUAGAACCCUCAAGUCAUUCACGCUUAGUCUAAGAACUCGUUUACAAGAAAUUUUUUUAGAAGAACUUGCUAGAGUAUGUAGAAGAAAAGUGCCUUUUGAUGCAUUGGUCAUUAUUUUAAAUUCAUUCCUACAUUUCAUUUCUGAGGUCAAUGAUUUUAUGUUAAUCAAAGAAGUUAACCAAAAUGUACCAAAACAUCUUCUAUCUCAAUUUCCUGAUUUAAAAAUGGUAGAAACUAAGUUUCAAGCUCAGCAUGAAAUGAAUAAACCAGGCGAAUCAUAUGAUGACAUAAAAUUGGUUAAAGGUGGCAUAUCAGAUGACAAUUUGAAUGGAAUAAAUGACGAACAAUUAGAUCCUGGUGCUGGAAAUGUAAAUGAUGAAAUUCCUCAAAUCAAAUUCAAUCCUAAAGACAUAGCAAAGGUUUUGAAUAAAUAUGUAACUGAAAUUGAAUAUAUUAAAAAGUGUUUGUUGUUAAUAACUAAAUUAAUGAAAUGUUACAAUGGUUUGGGAGAUGGUACACUACCCUAUAAGCCAGAAGACUGGAAACUAAACAAUCAAGUAUUAAAGCAAAAAAAGAAAAAAGAUUUAUCUAAAAUGGUAAAAGAAAAAGUUAAAAAUGUUGAAACUGUUGAUUCUAAGAUUAAAAAAAAUGGCCGUAAAAUUAAUGUUUAUAAACGUCUUAAAAAACUUAAUAAUAUGGAUGAAAUAAUAUUAGAACGUGGAAAAAUUGGAACAUUCUUGUGGAAAGUUAGCAAGUUUGAUAAUGUCAAUACAUUAAGAGAUAAUUUAAAUUUAAAUAGAUCAUGGACAGUAUCAGAGGAAAUGAAAAACGAUGACUCUAAUGCUAAGUGGAUUAAUGACGAUGAAUCACCUAUUCUGGUGCCUGCUGGAUUUAAGGUUGAAGUUUUAGAGACUCCAAAGAAAACACCAAAGAAAAAGGUUUCAACCCCAAAUUUUAAAUUUUUAACUAUUGCUUCAUCUGUAAAACGCAAAAAUAAAAGUCCAGUUUUAAUGUUCAAAAUCWAUAAUGGAUCUAACAAAAAAAAUAUGAAAAAUCAAAAUCCUGUUUUUAUUAAAAUUGAUAUGCGUAAUGCAGGUCAUAAUAAUAAUUGGUUGGUAUCCCCAAGUGAUGGAGCGUCUACGUCUCAAAUAAUUAAUAAAAGUUCUUCAUCUGAUAAGAUUUGUUCGCCUAAUAUUGUGAAUAUGGUUCGUAACAAUAGUUGGUCGGUAUCCCCAAAUGAUGAAGCAUCUACGUCUCAAAUGGUUAAUAAAAGUUCUUUUUCUGAUAAGAUUUGUUCGCCUGAUAUUGUAAAUAUGGGUCGUAACAAUAAUUGGUUGGUAUUUGAUAAUAAUGAUUCUGAAUCUAAGAAAGUUGAAAAAAGCAACAAACCUGAUGAAGUGGAAAAUUAUAUUUCAUUAACAUCUGUACCAGAUAAGAGUUUCAAGAGCCCUGAAAGUGCUGAAAGCCCUAAAAGUCAAAUUGAUGAACAAAGAGUAUUGCGACAUAGAACAAUUAUAAUUUCCAAUAAAAAAUCCGAUGCACAAGAUGAAGGUUCACCUAAAAGAAAAGUGGAAGAAACUUCAGCUUCAAAAGUUUCGCAAAAACGUACGAAGACAAUUGCAGGAGAAGAAAUAACCAUGUUACAACCUGGAGACAUUUUAAACAUGGCACUUAAAAAAGUGCAAAGUGAGGCUUUUGAGGAUGGUUUUGGAUCUCUUAGAAGAAGUCCUAGGCUGUCAAUUAAAACUGAUGCUGCUAAGAAAAUAGUUGAAAACCAGUGUUGUGGAAAAUAAAGAUGUUCGUUUUAUUAGAAUCCGAUUUUCUAUGUAUUCUGGAAAAUUAAUCACUAACUAAGAGUUAAAGCUGAUACACUUAUCUUACAGUUUCAAUAGGAAGUAUAUUUCUCUAUGAUAGGCAGUAAAGAUUAAAAUAA